AUGGACGCGCGUGGCGCCGUCCCCGCGCUCGCCGCGGCGCCGCGGCUCGCCCAGCGGCUCAGGGAGUAUUUGGAAGGGGAACAGAUCCUGGACGCUCGUUACCGGCUGCAGAAGAUGCCGGGGGGCAGCGUGGCCCUGCCUGUGCUGGGAGAGAAGCUCACCGAGCAGCACCUGCGGGCGCUGCGGAAGAGCGGGCCCCAGGAGGUGCCCUGCAGGCUGACCUGGCUCCAGGACCCUGUCCCCUCCAAGGCCGCCAGCGUGCGGACGCCUGCCCAGAAGCUGUGCCACGAGCUGCAGCGGUUGGUGGUGGGCUUGGGCAAGAGCUGGUCAGAGGAGCUGGAGCGUGACGUACCCCGCUCUUGGCAGCGGCACGGAGACCUCGUCCUGCUGAGCGAGGACAGCUUCAGUGCUGCGCUGUGGGAGAAGCUGGGCCCAGCACUCUGGGAGACGGUCGCCUCGGCUCUGGGCGCCCAGCGGGUGGCCAGGCGAGGGCGAGUAUCGCCAGGUGGGAUGCGGUCCCCCAGUGUGACCCUGCUGCUGGGCCAGGACGGCUGGGUGGAGCAUGUGGACAACGGGAUCAGGUACACAUUUGACGUGACCAAGUGCAUGUUCUCCCCAGGCAACAUCACUGAGAAGCUGCGGGUGGCCUCGCUGCCAUGCUCUGGGGAGAUCCUGGUGGAUCUCUAUGCAGGGAUCGGCUAUUUCACGCUGCCGUACCUGGUUCACGCGGCAGCUGCCUUCGCCCACGCCUGCGAGUGGAACCGCCACGCCGUGGAGGCCCUGCGGAGGAACCUGGCGCUGAACGGCGUGCAGGACCGCUGCCGCAUCCACCACGGGGACAACAGGCAGCUGCAGCUGCAGGACGUCGCUGACCGGGUGAACCUGGGGCUGAUUCCCAGCUCCGAGGAGGGCUGGCCUGUGGCCUGCCGCGUCCUGAAGAAGGACACAGGCGGGGUGCUCCACAUCCACCACAACGUGGAGGCUCUCCCCGCACAAGCCCACCAGCAGCAGCCUGGAGUUUCAAGGGAUGAGCAGAGACCGACAGAGGAAGCUGGCUCUGUCGGGUGGGAGGACAGAGAGAGGGAGCACCAGAGCCCGAAGGACAUGGAGAACUGUGGGAAGGAGGCGCAGGCGGCCAGGGUCCGGCCCGAGUGGCAGAGGUGGGCCAAGGCCGCUGCGACGCGGAUACGGGGGCUGCUGGAAGAGCUGCACCGGCAGCCGUGGAGGACCAGCAUCCUGCACAUUGAGGCAGUGAAAUCCUACGCACCCCACGUGCAGCACGUCGUGCUGGACCUCGAGUGCCGCCCGACACUGCCUGCGGACGAGUCCGGCUAUCCCUGGUGAGGGCGAGUGACCUCAGGGACAAGCGAUGUCAGAGGCUAUGGAUCUGUCUUUCCUGA